AUGUCAGCUUUAUUCAAUUUCCAGUCGCUCUUGCAAGUGAUAUUAUUGCUUAUUUGUACUUGCACUUACAUUCAUGCUACAUGGCCGCAAUUGCUAGAUAAGAACAAGACCGGAGCAUUAGGGAUCUUCUGGAAGUUUGCCAGAAUAGGUGAAAGGUUAAGUCCUUAUGUAUCCAUUGGAUGUUUCAUAAUUGCCUUCAACACUUUAAGAUCUUAG